AUGAAAAGGCGUCCACCAACCAUUGUGUGUUACAUCUGUGGCCGUGAAUAUGGAACAAAAUCCAUCAGUAUCCAUGAGCCACAAUGUCUGAAGAAAUGGCGCAAUGAAAACAACAUGUUGCCAAAAGAAUUGAGGAGACCAGAGCCAAGAAAACCGGAAGUCGGAGCCAUCACUGCCAAAGGGUUCUAUGAUCUCGAUGCCCUGAAUGAAGCUGCUUGGACAAAUGCGCAGAGCCAGCUAGUUCCCUGCAACGUUUGUGGGCGGACCUUCCUGCCAGACAGACUCAUUGUUCACCAGAGAUCUUGUAAACCCAAGGCUGCCAAGUAA